UUGUUGUCAAACAAGAUUAUUCUUUCCUUGAAGGUCAGAGAGGUCAAAACCUAUCUUGACAGAUGCACAUAACCUUCAAAAAUACACAUGUACACAUGUUUUGAGACUGCUGACAAAAUAUUUCAAAAUGUGUACAAACCGCGAGUUAUUUGAGAAUUUCCUCGAUUUAACUAAGAAACCAGAGAUAUUCUUAGGAAAUGAAAAUAAUUGUGCAAAGUUUGAAAAGCUCUUAAAAACAAGUUAUGAUUAUACGAAGUCACAAGAACUGGAAACAUUCACAGCAAAUGCUUUGCCUGAAUUAAUAACCGAGCAUUUUGAUACUGAACAAAUAUGGCAACAAAUUGAGCUGCAAAAUAAUUCAUUUCUUACACAUUCUUUGAUUGAGGUAAGCAAAUUUGUGGUUGGAAGCAGUAAAUUAGUAUUUGAUGAAGUACAAACUUCUAAUUUGAAUGAAAAUCAUGAACCUGAUGAAGAUAAACUUCAAAAACUGCACCAAUCUGAUGAUGAAAGUAGUGAUGAUGAUGAUGACAAUGAACCAUUAAACUUAGAUGAAGAUAGUGAUGAGGGUGGUUUAGAUUCAGAUGAUCUUGAAGAUGAUAAUGAACAAGCUGAUGGGAAUGAAAAUGAGAAUCCUAGGAAGAAACAAAAGUCAUCAAUUGUUGAUGAUAGGUUCUUCAAGCUUAAUGAGAUGGAAGCGUUUUUGCAAGCUGAGGAGAAAAAGAUGAUGGAUGCUGAGCCUGACUCUGGAAAUGAUUCUGAGGAAAAUGAUGAGGAUGUAGAGGAAGAAUCAGAUGAAGAUGAUGAUUUAUUCAUGGGUAAUAAUUUGGAGAAGACAGAUACAGAGAGAGGAGGUGUAAAUAAUCCAAAAUAUAAAGAUUUCUUUGCUGAACAAGAUGAUGAUGAAGCUGGGACAGGAACUAGCAGAAACAGAAAUAAAUUCCUAGAAGAAAUAGAAGAUGAAGAGGAUGAAGGAGAAGAAGAACAGGAGAUGGCAGUUAAAUCAUCUUUGGAGCAAAGGGAAGAACGCCUCAAAGUCAAAAUGGACGCAUUAGAAGAUGCAGCAGUUGGUGAAAAGCAAUGGCAACUCAAAGGUGAAAUCACAGCUGAAGACAGGCCACAGAAUUCCCUCCUUGAAGAGGUCGUUGAGUUUGAUCUCAGUACCCGCCCUGCACCGGUUAUGACAGAACAAACUUCCUUGCUACUUGAAGACAUAAUCCGACAGAGGAUCAAAGACAAAGCAUUUGAUUCUGUGGAACGUAAAGAAAAACCGGCGGAGACACCUUUGGAAUUCAAAAAGAAGCUCGUUCUUGAUCAGGAAAAGAGUAAAGAAUCCCUGGCGCAAAUUUACGAAAAAGAAUACCUAGAAAUGAAUGAGAAACUGGAUGCUGACUUGGGUGAUAAAGAAGAAGAAGAACCUCAAUUGCAUAAAGAUGUUAAAAAGAUGAUGCAUGCACUCAUGAUGAAAUUGGACGCGUUGUCAAACUUCCACUUCACACCAAAACCAGCGCAGGUCGAGCUGAAAGUUGUUAGUAAUUUACCAGCAAUCAGCAUGGAAGAAGUUGCGCCUGUUGCGACAAGUGAUGCUGCAUUGCUCGCCCCCGAAGAAGUCAAGCCCAAAGUACGUGGUGAUAUUAUCGGCAAGAGUGAACGUACCGAAACUGAUAAGAAGCGCGAGCGACGUAAGAAGAAGGCAAUGCAACGUGAACACGCAGUUCUAAAAGAGAAAAAGAAUGCUUUGGGUAUAAAUAACAAGCACAGCAAAGAAAAGGCAAAGAAACUACUUGACGACGUUACCAAAAGUCGCAAUGUGGAUAAAAUGGACGAAUCUACAGGAUCAAAGAGUGUUAAAUCUUCGUCAGCUUUCUUCGCUCAGUUGGAGGAUCAAGUUAAGACUCAGAUUAAAGGUAAACACAGUGUGAAAAACACAAAGGUGAAGCAACAUUUAGACGCGAAAAAGUUGAAACUUUAAACAUCAGUUUAUUAAUAUAUCGUGAGUUUUA